UCAGUGGCAUUACGGCCCUGAAUGAAGGUAAACAGCUCUGAGCAAACGUUCCGAAACUGUGUGUCGUGCCCAAAAAACACAGGCGGCUCGAGGAGACAUCCAAACGGCGCGAAACCAAGUUUAGAUUAUUAGCCAUGUUUGCCUAUGUCAAAUACACAGGCGGCUAUAAAGCUAUUGUUCCAAUUUCUUAUAUAAAAAACUUUGACCUGAAAACACGCCAGAGAGACGUUUGGGAAGAUGAGUACUUUAAUGGCCAGGUUCUCCUAGUGAAAGAAACCCGAGACGAGAUUGAGGAGCUAACUGUUAAUCCUCCGAAAAGGAUUAGAGUCCCCAAGAUCCACCUGGAAGACGGCGUUGCAGUGGAGAAACAUGAGGGGACAUCCAGAGAAAAGGACGGCUUAAAAAAGAAGGCAAAAACCAGUAAGGCAGCAGAGGGAAGUGAGAAAAGGAAAAGCUUAAUGCAAAUCUUGGCUGAAAAGAAAGCGAUGAAAAAACAUUCUCCACUGUUUGCAAAUGACAAAAAGAGAAAGAGGGAGGAGACACUACAAGACAUCUUCUCUGACAGUGAAGAGGAUGGAGGAGUUGUUCCCCAAAAGAUUCAUGAUGAACUAAGACUGAAGUAUCAGCAAAUGCAAAGAAAGCAACAGGAUCUAAAACAAGACCUGGACCAUUACAAACAAAAAUCUGCUGAAUUGGAGAACUGUAAAUGUGAGUUGGAACAGGAAUUGACAACUUACAGAAAUUCAAAUUUAACACUGCAACAAAAUCUUGAUGAACUGCUGAAACAGGUCUUUUCUCAAAAAUCAGUGACCUCUCAACACUGUGUCAUUGCACCUUUGACACCACCAGCAAUCAACAACCCCACUUCAGAGAGGGACCCACUUCAGCCGACGCCUUGUCCAAACCUUUUGGAAAAAAAGGAUGGGAUGAUCCACAUUGGAAAAGACAUGUGGCUGCGUGAGGAGGUGUGGAGAAAAAUCCACUCUACAACAAAGGACUCACUCUUUGUAAAAGAGUUGGCUGUACCCAUCUGGGGUACGUUAGAGUUGAGGGGAAGAAGCGUGUCUGGGAAGGAAUGCCCAACAAAAAAUACCGAAGCAAAGCCUCCCUUAUCACCAUACAAGCUUGGAAUUUGGAAUCCUCAAAGAGCGCUUCAGUGGAUGGUUGAAGGCACAGAACAUGGAGAAGACAGAGAGGGAGAAGAGGGAGAAGCUUGUGGGAUACUACAUUUCACAAAAAAUUCAAGACCUUGUGAAAAAAGAAAAAAAACACUGUAAGGAAACUUAAAAAAAUUGUGGAUCUGGACAGUUUUGUUACCAAUGCUGUUUUUGAUAUAAAUUAAAUUCUGAUAUGUAUUCACCCUUCAUGUCAAAGUUGGGCUAAUGCUAAUUUAUUAAGUGUAUAAUAAAAAAAAUUUAAAUUGA